ACCGGUGGUUUAAACCCUAUACCCUUUUCAAUCUCGUACUCCUGACCUUUGUUGUAUCCUGAAUUACUUGCAUGCUUGAUGGCGUAAGCGGACAGGAGCGGGAGGAGGAGCGGGAGAAGGAGCGGGAGGAGGAAUGGGGGGAACGAAAGGAGAAGCAAUGGGAGUCUGGAGAAGGAGGAGCAGGAGGAGCGGGAGGAGCAGCAGGAGGGGGGGCGGGAGAAGGAGAGGGAGGAGGAGCGGGAGGAAGAGUGGGAGGAAGAGUGGGAGGAGGACCAAGUUAUGGUGCAGGAGGAGGGGUGGGAGAAGGAGCGGGAGGAGAAAUGGGAGGAGAAGCAGCAUGGGAAACGGGAAGAGGGUUUAGGAGCGGGAGGGAAAACGGGAAGGUGCGGGAGGAGGGUGGGAGAAGGAGCGGGAGGAGAAGUGGGAGGAGGAGCGGCAUGGGAAACGGGGAGGGGGUUAGGAGCGGGAGAAGGAGCACAAGGGGAAACGGGAAGGAAGGAGGAGGCGCGGGAGGAGGAGCGGGAGAAGGAGUGGGAGUAGGGGUGGGAGGGGAAACGGGGAGGGGGUUAACGAAGGCGCGGGAGGAAGCGGGAGAAGCAGUGGGAGGAGUGGGAGGAGGAGUGGGAGGAGGCCCGGGAGGAGGAGCAGCAGAAGGAGGAAGAGCGGACGAGGAGCAGGAGGAGGUGCGGGAGGAGGGGGAGAAGGAGCGGGAGAAGGAACGGGAGGAGGAGGGGAAGGAGGAGGAAGAGGAGGAGCGGGAGGAGGAGCGAGAGGAGGAGGAGGAGGAAAAGGAGGAGGAGCAGGAGGAGAAGCAGGAGGAGAAGGAGGACGAGCAGGAGAAGGAACAACAGGAAACGAGGACUCCGAGGGGGAGUUAACGAACGUAGCAGGAGAAGGAACGGCAGGAAACGGGGAGGGGGAGUCAACAAACGCCGGAGGAGAAG